AUGAUGGACCCUCAUCAAGAUCCGCCGCUCCAACGAGAGAGUCAAAAAUACGAUGCCGAAGAUGCCGGUGAUGGCCGGCCAGCAGACAACAGCUCGAGCAACAUCAACGACACCACAUCUGAUUCAGAUCCAGAAGCAUUGGCUCAAGUACCCAGCGGUCCAGCUUAUAGUGUCUUCUCCAAAAGUACGAAACGAUGGAUCGUGACCAUGAUCGCUUUCUCCAGCUUCGUCUCACCAAUGACAGCAAAUAUAUACUUUCCGGCUCUGGUGCCUAUAGCUCGGGAUCUUGACGUCUCGGUCAGUAUGAUCAAUCUCACCCUGACCACCUACAUGAUCUUUCAAGCCAUCGCCCCCACACUUGUUGGCGACCUAGCAGAUGCCGCUGGCAGAAGACCGGCCUUUUUGAUAUGCUUCGUCAUCUACAUCUUUGCCAACCUCGGCCUAGCUCUGCAGAAGAACUUUGCCGCGCUUCUGGUCUUGAGGAUGGUUCAGAGUGCAGGCAGCAGUGGGACAGUAGCUCUUAGCUUUGCUGUGAUUGCGGACGUUGCAGUCAGUGCCGAGAGGGGUAAAUACAUGGGAAUUGUUGGCGCCGGCAUCAAUAUUGGUCCUGCCCUGAGCCCGGUAUUUGGAGGUCUCCUUGCCGAGUACCUCGGCUGGCCAGCUAUAUUCUGGUUCUGUAUGAUUUACGCCGCGGUCUGGCUCGUACCGUACGCCCUGACGGUGCCUGAGACAUGCAGAAACGUGGUGGGCAAUGGUUCAAUUCCAGCCCAGAGCUGGUGGAACAUGACGGCCGUCGACCUGUGUCGUGCUCGCCGCCGGAAGCGCAAUGGGGAAUCAUUGGGUGGCGCCCGCACCAAGCAAAAGCUGCGCUUUCCGAACCCGUUUAAUACACUCAAGGUGGCCUUCGAAAAGGACCUCGCCCUUCUUCUGUUUUACGGCACCUUGACCUACUUGGUGUUCAUUCUCAUUGCGGCAACACUGUCUACCGAGCUUGAAGCUAUCUAUCACUACAGUGACCUUCAGCUCGGUCUAUGCUACCUGCCCUAUGGAGUCGGAUGCUGCUUUGCCGCUGUCAUGCAGGGGUACAUUCUGGACCACAACUACCGCCGAAUAGCCCGCAAGAUAGGCUUCACCAUUGACUACAAGCGUGGCGACGAUCUUUCGAAUUUUCCGAUAGAAAAGGCUCGCAUACUACCAGCUUCCCCAUUCCUUUUCGCCGGAGUAGCGGCUGUAAUCUGCUAUGGCUGGGUACUUCACUUCGAAACCCAUGUUGCAGGACCACUGGCACUAGUCUUCCUAAUCGGCCUCUGUGUGACAGGGUCCUUCUCGAUACUCAAUACUCUUCUUGUGGACUUGUACCCUGAAGCUCCCGCCACCGCCGUAGCGGCCAUGAAUCUCGUCAGGUGUCUCUUUGGCGCUGGUGGAACGGCCGUGAUCGAGUACAUGCUGAGGGCUAUGGGGAGAGGAUGGACAUUUACUUUCUGGGGACUAGUUCUCGUGUUAUUUUCUCCUAUCCUCUGGGUCUUGGCCAAAUGGGGCCCUGGAUGGCGAGAGGAGAGAAGAGUGCGGAAGCUCAAAGAGGAGGAAAAGGAAAGAGCGGUUACAUCACGGCCCUGA